AUGGCGUUGCCCGGUCACAUCAACUAUCAGCAAGCGACGAUGGUCUCGAUUCUGGAGCAGUGCGAGAUGCAGUCACAGUCUCAGUCGAUACACUCCCUACCUCAACUGCACCAACAACAACAGCAACAAGUUUCUGUCACUCUGUCACACAUUCCUGGAAAUGGUGUCGGCACUGGAACUAUGCCCAUUACAUCCACUCGAACUAUCGGGAGCGCAGCCCUGCAACAACAACAACAGCAACAGCAGCAAGUUUCGAUGGCAUCAGGAAAUAGUGGUAUGAUGACACAGAACGUGUCAACAGUCGGUGACUCGCAAACAACGCAAGUGAUUGUUGGACAGCGAGCAUACAGUGAUCAUCAGCAAGUGACUUCACUACCGUCAAUGCAAUCAGGUGUGCAUCAUCAUACGAACACAAGACGUGUUCAAAUACCAUCUGUGGCUGCAUCUGGUCUGCAAGCACAACAUCAAAUUGUUAUGACUGGAAAUGGUAAUAACCAAUUGGCACAGUCAUCUUCCCAACAACCGUAUACUGUUGUCGUUUCAUCACAAGAUAAUAUUUUAACGGGUGGGACGUCACAAAUGAGUGGUACACGUAUUCAGUAUACAACUCGACAGGAAGGACCAUCUGAAAGACAGACAAUUUAUCGUACAAUUGCGCCAACCGGUACUAAACGCACAUCUCCAGCCAAUCCGGCUCAGCGUGUUGGUGUAUGUUUCUUUCGAUUACUGUUCUUUGAAUGA